UCGCGAGGUCAUAUGUCACGCGUCGGGCGCAGGAGAUUAGACAAGCCCUGGUCGGUCUGUGUUGAGAGAGAGAGUGUGCGUGUACCCGGCCGCGUCCUCGCUUCGGUACGCGUUUCGUCGCUCCGUUUCGAAAAGCUGGUCAGCGAUCAGUACUCUUGGCAGUGACCUCCGAGCCUUGUUCACCGACUCGCUAACGAACCCUUUCCCGACGUCGUGUCACGGUGAUUCGCUUAACAUUUCCCAACGUCGCAGCUUCACUCAUACCACACGUGUCUCCCUUACACUAUCUGUGCCUCGCCUUUCUGUGAGGAAUUUUAAGAAUCUCUGCUUAAAACGCAGGUCGACCUCCGUCCGCCAGUGUUACGUGACAUCCCAGGCUCUGCACACGGGGCCAAGCGAGGCGUGCCCGUAUCAGGUGGCCCGGGGAGGUUCGGGAGGCCAGGACAUCUGUGGAGGCAUCGGUUCAAGGCUUUGCUAAAUGCACACAUUCCCUCUCCUUUGAUGUGCAAAUAUCCACGUUCAUUGUUGUGGUCAUUGAUAACAUUUAGUAUUGUUUGUAUAAAAAGGUACAAUAGUUGUGAAAAAUUGUUGUGAAGCUACGUCGAAGAGUGACAACAGUUUAGCAGAAUCCUGUGGCGAAGCAUUUGCGACCGGCGGAAACAACAGCCAACUCUUCCCGAAGGAACACGACCUGUCGCCCCUCCGGCUGUCCUCCUGUCGGAACACGAGGCCUGAGGAGUCCGUCGCCAGCGAGCCAUGUCUCCUACGCGUCUACUAACGCUCCUUCUGCUGCUCCUGCUGGUGUUCACACUUCUUGCGGACGACGUGGAGGCCGCCCGUCGCCGCCGCCGUCGCCGUAGGAAGCACAAGCCGGCGGGCGGCGAGGGGGCGGCGGCGGCGGCGGGAGCUGUGGGCGCCAGGAGGAUUCGCAGGAUCAGGCACGCCUCGGGCAGGAGGGCGGAGUUCGUCAGGAGGAGGCUCAGGAAGGCCAGGAUGCAGCAGGACGUCGAAGGCAACAUCAGGCUCGUGGACGGCCGCGCGGACUUCGAAGGCAACGUGCAGAUCUUCCACAACAACCGCUGGGGCAACAUCUGCGACGACGAGUGGGACAAGCGAGAGGGCGAAAUCGUGUGCAAAAUGCUGGGUUUCCCUGGACUCAAGAAGGUCACUCACAGCGGCCGAUACGGGCAUGUUAGAGGAACCUACUGGAUGGACAACCUGUUCUGCUACGGCACGGAGGAGAAGCUGUCCGAGUGCCGCUUCGACGGCUGGGGCACCCACGACUGCGAGCUGGACGAGUCGGCGGGGGUCGUGUGCGAGACUCACUUCUCCACGACCACGGUGGCUCCUACGCUCCCUCCGAGGGACGAGCCCGUCAUCACCAACAAGACGAAACUAUCGCAAGCCAUUGAGGGCAAGACGCAGCUGAGACUCGUGGGGGGUCGGUCUGACAUGGAGGGCCGUGUGGAGGUCAUGCUCCCUGGAAGCAAUGGCACCUGGGGGCUCAUUUGCGGCGAUGGGUGGAGCCUUCUGGAGGGCAUGGUGGCGUGUCGGCAGUUGGGAAUGCACUAUGCCCAGGCAGCCAUAUCCACAGGUUAUUUCGGAGGAAAUAAGAGUGACGUGGUUAUAAGUGGCAUCAAGUGCCAUGGCAAUGAAGACAAUAUUGACCAGUGCCUCCACGAAGACGUCGGGGAAGUAUUUUGCCCACAUCCAGGCUCAGACCCCAACAUCGCUGGAAUUACUUGUGUUUCCAAAAUAGCUGACCUGGUUCCGGAUCACAUGGAGCUGGCUCGUUCUGCACACUUGGAGGAUAAACAGCUAUUUUUCCUACAGUGUGCAAUGGAGGAAAAUUGCCUUGCACAGUCUGCAGUCAAAGUUCAGGAAACUGGCUAUGGCUGGCAUCUGGACACGAGACGUCUCCUUCGUUUCACUGCACGUAUAGUCAACCAGGGAACUGAAGCUUUCCGUCCCAUCCUUCCAAAGCAGUAUUGGGAAUGGCAUGCCUGUCACAUGCACUAUCAUAGCAUGGAAGUGUUUGCUCACUACGACGUCAUAGACGCAGAUGGAAACAGGGUGGCUGAGGGGCACAAAGCCUCUUUCUGUCUGGAAGAUAACAACUGUGUUCCUGGGGUAGAACCGGUCUUCAAGUGUGCCAACUUUGGUGACCAGGGCAUUAGUCCUGGCUGCACAGACACCUAUGCCUACAACAUCGACUGCCAGUGGAUUGACAUCACUGACAUCAAGCCAGGCACUUAUACUUUUAAGUUAGCAGUAAACCCAGAGUUCAAGGUGGGAGAGAUGUCCUUCGAUAACAACGCGGCUGUGUGUGAACUCAUAUAUUCGGAGACUACUGCAUGGCUCGGCAAUUGUUCUCUCGCCCGGCCAUGAUUCUAUGUCAAAGGCAGCACCUCAGAUCAGAGACCUCUUUUUCCCCAAAUAACUACAGCAUCUUCUGGUCCCUGAGAUUCACUAUGCAUGAGGCAAUAUCUGUUACUAAUGCUUUUUUGGCAUUUGUGAUGGAGGUCAUGGCUCGGUUGUUGAAUCUUUUUGCAGUGUUUUCUUUUCCACAUUGGAGAAACCAUGUGAACUGUACAGCUAACCCACUGGAUUCUGUGCCUUUACUACAAUCAGUGUGUUUGUGUAUAGCAGAAAGAAAGUGCUUCUAAAUCUAAAAAGUUAUGGCUAUUUAUGUUACUUCUUCAGCUUGAUGGUUUCCUCUGGGUAUUCACAUUGAAUAUCAAUUGUCUUAUCUUCUACAUCUGUCGUUUCUUAGUCUUUGUAAGGUGAAUAACACAUAUCUCUGCCAUUUAGAUCAUUUUUAGACUAUCCUUACAUAUACAUGAAUAUUUAUUAUCUACAUCUAUGGAUGCUGUAUUGAUCUUAAUCAUAUCAUGUACUAUAUAUCUGAAAAGCAGCAGAAUCUCAGGAACUAAAAAAGAAUAAAGAAAAUAUGUUGAUGUUUAUGUUACUGAUGAUGUAGAUUCUCAAUUAUAUUUUCCAUUAUGCAUUAUACAUAUAAUUAGAUAGGGUUAAAUAUUACAUCUAUGUUCAGUUCUUCUUCUAAACUUGUGUUAUUAAUGCAAAUGCAUGACGACAUCUUUAUAUAAUAUGUAAGUUUUGUGAUUUUUGUCAUAACUUUUUUCUCCUUAUUGAUGAAAUCAUGUUAUAUAUUGUUUUAAAAAAAUUAAUUGAACAAUUAUCAAAGAUAUUUGUUCCAGUGAUGUCUCCAGGAAGUAUUACAGUAUUUUUAGCAUUAUUAUAUUUCUAACUAUGUUAACAACAAGAUUUUGAAAUGGUUUUCAGCUGGCAAUAAACCCCGAUUUCAAAGUAGGAGAGAUGUCAUUUGACAACAAUGCUGCCAUCUGCGAGUUCAUUUACACUAAAACAAGUGUGUGGCUUGGAAAUUGCUCACUUACUCGACCGUAACGUGAAGGCUAGAGUGAUUGUUGUUGUUGUUUUUGUUUGUUGAAUUGUACAUUCAUCUUAUCAAUAUUGUUUUCUUUUAUUUUAUUCUGAUAAUGAAUAUAAUAACAUGAAAGGGUAAUCAUCAAAAUACCUUCAUGAUAAUAAAGUGUUAUAUAUUAUAUAUAUAUGCAUCAAACAUUUUAGAAUAGAUGAAAUGUAAUAUAUCUAGGUAUUUUGAAAUUGAAAUUAAUAAUUCUAAUUGUGCUGAUAACUCCAUAUUGAGAUUAGAAUACAUCAUUACUCUUAGUUAACCAGAUCAGGUUCUCACAGUAACCAAUUUCUGUAAUAAUAUGUAUGAUAGUAUUAGCCAGUAUCGGUAACUAGUCUUUGCCCAAACAUAUUAUUGGGUAAUAAACUCACUGCCACUUCACACACUAGUAUCUGUGUGUGCUUAUUAUGUAGAUUAGUGUAUUUUUGCUGAAUAUUUAAAUAAAUGCUAUUGCCUUGUAACAUUCUUGGGAUAUUACUUACCAGUAGUAGGGUAGGAUAUUGUACUUAAUAAAUCUGUAAGUUAUAUUAACAUGUAACUUUGAAUUAAUCUAUUAACCCCAAAAAAACAUGAUUUUUGAAAAAAACAAUUUUGCUCAUGAGAAUGUAUAUUUGAUAUUGACAUUUAUUUUUGUUUUUAGGCCUAAUUAUGAGAUUUUUUUGCAUUUCCUUAACUGACGCAGAUAUUUAUGGGGGAAAUGUAUUUUGCAUAAUAAAAGGGUGUUAACAAGUA